AUGAUUUAUUGGUAUGAUGCCUUUUGGGAGAUAAUCAAAAAUGAAACUGAGACUUAGGUCUAAAGUGGAUAAUAUCAUACCAAUGUAGAUAUGUGUGUGGAAUACUCCCCUUAGUGCACCCUAACAAGAGGUGCCGUCUAUACAGAUGUGUGAGUCCUAGUGCACAACGAAGAAGCGAUGAUAGGGCCGAUGGAGAAUCGGCUCAGCUUGAACAAGUACGCCAAAUUUGGUGGCUUUUGACAGUGGGUUCAUAUAUGGAGGUGGAGGUCUUCUGGGAACAUGAAGGUUAGGAUCAUGUCCCAUUGCCUUGAAUUAAUGGUGGAAAAGUAGGGGGGCUGAAGGAGAGAUUAACUAUGGUCUUUUGUUUGAGCAGAAGAUUGUUAAAAACUGCAAUCAAAGUUCCAUAUCAUUUGGAAAGAAGGAGAACCAUGGGUUUAUAAAGUACACACAUGCUCUAUUGGUAGGAAACCAUUUGGGAGAUUACCAAAAGCAAACCAUGAAUACUUAGGUCCAAAGUGGACAAUAUCAAUCAAUGUUAACAUAUAUGUGAGGAACUUCCAUUGGCUGAAUAUAUGGCAUGGAAGUGAUGGGAAAAGUUACAAAAGAUGAUGUUUCGAUUCGGAAUAUUUGAUAUUUAUUCUAGUAUGCUGUUGCUUUCUGAACUUGUUUACUAGAAGAACUGGUAUUCUCAAGAGAUCAGACCCACAAGACGACUCCCAACUAUGUAUUAAUUGCUGAAAUAUAUAGACCAACAAUAGUCACAAUACUACAAAGUGGGAUUAGACUUCGGUCCAGUGAACUAGAAGAUACCCAUGAAAAGACCAAAAAAACAUAUAUGAGGAAUCAAUCAGUUAAAGGAAACCCUGCCAGUGACAUAGUUGACAUUAUAAACAAGAACCGAACAGACCAAAAGCUUCCACACUUGAAUGACAGCCCUGGCCUAGGGUGCAUGGCCUUACAAUAUGUGGAAUUAUGCAAAGGGAACUGCUCUGACAACAAUGUUGCAAACUGCAAGCCUCCUGAAGAUGACUUCACUGAAGUGUUUGCUCCCAACUGCGGUGUGGAGCUACCGACUUUUGGCACCAUAACUGGACACAUUGUAGGCUGUCAAAGAGAGUAUGUGGAGCCAUCAGUGGCAUUUUCACAAGUUCUCAUCACAGAUAAGAAAUCUUUGUCCCUUCUGAGAAACAAAUCACAUACUGAGGUGGGGAUUGGCUUGGUUGGACUCCACAAGGGGCCUUUCUUUUGGUGUGUUUUGUUUAGCAAUGGACAGACAAACUCCACAUUUGUGCUUGAAAAUCGUGGUGCAGGAAUUCAGCAAAAAAAAGGGUGUUAUAGUGGGAGCAGUACUCCAUGCAGUAGGGGGGAGAAAAGUGGUGCUGCAUUUUUUAACAUCUUUUUUAUAAUGUGUUGUGUGUCCAUUUUGCUGUUUAAAUAUUUUUGAUCUAUUUACAUAAUGCAAGGUCUUCUUCACACGUGACAAUUAUUGAAUUGGUUUUCUCUGUUUUGUUCAGUUUCUUAUUAUUUGUUUACUGUUUGUGAUGUGUUUCACUUGGGAUU